UACUUCAUCUGCAGAAGCAGCAUCAUUCUUCUAUACCUCAACAAUGGCGAGCUCCAAUAUUGCCCGAGUUGUAUGUGCAGCUCUCUUAGUCUUGUGUAUGGUUGUGCCAAGCUUGGCCACUGUUUACACCGUCGGAGACACCGCCGGUUGGGUCAUGGGUGUCGAUUACAGCACCUGGACCAGUGGCAAGACCUUUACAGUGGGCGAUAGCAUCGUGUUCAACUAUGGAAGUGGACACACGGUGGAUGAGGUGAGUGCUGGCGACUACAAGACAUGCACUGUGGGCAAUUCCCUGAGUUCGGAUACCAGCGGCGCAUCCACCAUCGCUCUCAAAACUGCAGGGACUCGCUACUUCAUAUGUGCAGUCGUCGGCCAUUGCGGGAGUGGUAUGAAGCUUGCUGUAACUGUGAGCAAAACUAAAAAAGCAUCAGCCCCUGCACCAUCAGCAGAUAAUACACUGGCGGCUGACGCCCCCACUGCGUCGUCCGGGACCAGAAAACCAUCGGGUGGCAAUACAACUGUUACCACUCCAGCUGCAAACAAACCGACGUCCACAUCCUCAUCCACAACCUCCACUCAUUCAUCUUCAGGGACUGCUCUCUCUCCAAUUGCUGUGGCUCUAUUGGUUAUUUCUUGGCCUGUUUUUUCUAUGCUGGUUCUCUCAUAAACUUGGCUAGAAUACAUGCAUAAUCUAGCCAGGUUGGAGGCAGUGCUCUUUCUUUCUUUGUCCUGUUUGUAUUGAGAUUUUCCUUAGUUUAUGGAUUGGUGCUUGAAUUGCAGGAAGACAGGGGUGUUGGCUAUGAAUUUCUUGGAAUCACAGCACACACAUUAACAAAAGGGUAAUACAAAUCAGAUCAAUAUAUGUAUGUGAUCUUUGGAUGCACGAAUAAUUGAUGAAAACAAAAGGGAAAAUUGGUUACUAAAGGGAAAUACUUUUGUCCCUAAUGUGUUUGCUGAGGAAUCAGGAAAGUAGUUUCUGCUAGUUUAACUUCAACAUCAAUAG